GUCCGGAGCCCGGCCGGGGUUGCUAGGCAACCGGUAAACGCCGCCGUUUCAGGAGCGCGGGUGCCGGGGUCGUUGGAUUGGGCGCUUCCCCCGAGGCCCAGAAGCAGGAGGAGCGGACCCAGGCAGCCGGCACCAUGGAGAUUGUGUACGUGUACGUCAAGAAGCGAAGCGAGUUCGGGAAGCAGUGCAAUUUCUCGGACCGCCAGGCCGAGCUGAACAUUGACAUCGCACCCAACCCCGCGCUGGCCGAGCAGUUUGUGGAGCGGAACCCAGUGGACACGGGCAUCCAGUGCUCGGUCAGCAUGUCGGAACAUGAGGCCAACACAGAGCGGUUUGAGAUGGAGACUCGGGGAGUUAACCACGUUGAGGGGGGCUGGCCCAAGGAUGUGAACCCCCUGGAGCUGGAGCAGACCAUCCGCUUCCGGAAGAAAGUGGAGAAGGAUGAGAACUACAUCAACACCAUCAUGCAGCUCGGCUCUAUCAUGGAGCACUGCAUCAAGCAGAACAACGCCAUUGACAUCUACGAGGAGUAUUUCCAUGACGAGGAGGCCGUGGAAGUGACAGAGGAGGCCCCUUCGGCUAAAACCAUCAAUGUUUUCAGGGACCCCCAGGAAAUCAAGAGGGCUGCCACACACCUCUCCUGGCACCCUGAUGGCAACAGGAAGUUGGCAGUGGCAUACUCCUGCUUGGAUUUUCAGCGGGCACCUGUGGGCAUGAGCAACGAUUCAUACAUCUGGGACCUGGAAAACCCCAACAAGCCUGAACUUACUCUGAAGCCAUCUUCUCCGCUCGUUACGUUGGAGUACAACCCCAAAGAUUCCCACGUGCUCCUGGGUGGCUGCUACAACGGACAGAUAGCCUGCUGGGACACCCGGAAGGGCAGCCUGGUGGCUGACCUAUCCACCAUCGAGUUCAGCCACCGAGACCCUGUGUAUGGCACCAUCUGGCUGCAGUCAAAGACGGGUACCGAGUGCUUCUCAGCAUCCACAGAUGGGCAGGUCAUGUGGUGGGACAUCCGAAAGAUAAGUGAGCCCACUGAGGUCGUGAUCAUGGACAUUACCAGAAAGGAGCAGUUGGAAAAUGCCUUGGGGGCCAUCUCCCUGGAGUUCGAAUCCACUUUGCCCACCAAGUUCAUGGUGGGCACCGAGCAGGGCAUCAUCAUCUCCUGCAACCGCAAGGCCAAGACGCCAGCCGAGAAGAUCGUGUGCACCUUCUCGGGCCAUCACGGCCCCAUCUACGCCCUCCAGAGGAACCCCUUCUACCCAAAGAACUUCCUAACGGUGGGUGACUGGACAGCCCGCAUCUGGUCUGAAGACAGCCGGGAGUCAUCCAUUAUGUGGACCAAGUACCACAUGGCUUACCUCACCGACGCUGCCUGGAGCCCCGUGAGGCCAGCCGUUUUCUUCACCACCAAGAUGGACGGGACCCUGGACAUCUGGGACUUUGUGUUCAAGCAGUGCGACCCCGCUCUCAGUCUGAAGGUGUGUGACGAGGCCCUCUUCUGCCUCCGGGCGCAGGACAAUGGGUGUCUCAUCGCCUGCGGCUCCCAGCUGGGGACGACCACCCUGCUGGAGGUCUCCAGUGGGCUCUCCACCCUCCAGAGGAAUGAGAGGAACAUAGCCUCCUCAAUGUUUGAGCGUGAGACCCGGCGAGAGAAGAUCCUGGAGGCCAGGCACCGGGAGAUGCGGCUGAAGGAGAAGGGCAAGGUGGAGGGCAGGGAUGAGGAGCAGAGGGACGAGGGGCUGCCCACGGACCUGGAGGCGCUGGUCAACAAGGCAGAGGAAGAGUUUUUCGACAUCAUCUUCGCAGAGCUGAAGAAGCAGGAGGCAGACGCCAUCAAGCCGAAGCCAAUGCCUCAGCAACCGAGUUCAGAGGAAGGCCAGGUGGCGCAGGAGGGAGAGGACGCGACGGGGGAGAGAGGGGGUGACGAAGAGGAGGAAGACUUAGCCUAGAAGCCAGCCUUCGACUGCGGGGCUGUCCCUGUGCGCCUUCCCUUCCCACCUCUGCCCUGCUCUCACAAGUGGGGAGCUGAGCACCACCUUAAAGCAGCACUGGGUGGUGGGCGGGGAGCAUCAGGCCCUGACUCCCUACCCCGUACACAGCGCUGGCCCCCACUAACUCACUGGGCACUGAGUCCCAAGCCACCCCUUGGAGGGAGGGAAGGGGCAGGGCUUGUUCGGGAGCUGGCUGCCCCCUGGUCUCAGCCGCCCUGAGCCUACCCCGAGGCCGAAGCCACCUUAGGCCCAGCCCUGGAUGUUUCCUGGGAUUCAGCUUCUCAAAGGCUCCCCAGGAAUCAUUUCGAUUUGCAAUCUUGCAGACCCUCAACCACACUUGCACGGCCAUGGCAGGGCCUCGGGAAGACCUUCGAGUGGGGGCGGGGGGAUUUCCUCUCCAUGAUCAAACCUCCUCGAAACCCACAAAUCAGGAACAAAAAGUCUGUCCACUCUGAAAAUGCCUCACCAGGCAGCUUCCUGGCCAUCGGUACACUUUGCCACGACAGAAGCCUCCGAGUGUGUGCGAGGGGACAGGUGGGACGGACUUGGCUGUUCUGCUGCACCUGAAUGCUUUCUGUUAUCCUGAUUCUUGUAAAGUUAAACGAAUCAUAACAAUGCCA